CAGAGCCUCACUCCUCUUCUCCAGUCAUGAGCCGCACAUGGAAAGCCCUUCUUCUGCUGAUGGCGUGUGCUUCUUCUCUUGGCUUCAACCUGGACACGGAGCAGCCGACGCGUUUCCACAUGGACGGUGCUGGCUUUGGACACAGUGUGGCCCAGUACGACGGCUCCUGGGUGGUGGUUGGAGCCCCAAAGGAAAUAAGGGCCGCUAACCAAACAGGUGUUCUCUACAAAUGUGGCUAUGACACGGGGAAAUGCCAGUCCAUCCAACUCCAGGUGCCGCCAGAGGCCGUGAACAUAUCCCUGGGCCUGUCCCUCACUGCUGCCACCAACCCUGCCCAGCUGUUGGCCUGUGGUCCUACCGUGCACCACAUAUGCAGAGAGAACACAUACUUGACGGGGCUCUGCUUUCUAAUGAGAUCGUUCCUACAGAACGGGAAUAUCCUAACUACCCAGCAGGUGAAUAAGGAAAAGAAGAUCCGAACCAAUACGCUGCCAGAUGGUACAGCGGCUCCAGUCACGGCUGGAGAGAUUGCUGCUG